GGUCCCGCCCGCGGAGAGGCGGGGGCGAACCGGGGCGGGCAGAACUCCUCGUUCGUGGCUCUGUCCAAGGUCUCUUGGAAUCGCUUCUCCUCCCGAGCGCUGUGCCAGCGUCACGACGCUUUCGUUCUUUCCUAGAUAACUUUAAUUAUUUUCUGGUCAGAUGUGGAGCUCCUCCUGUGGCUCCGCUCGGCUUUUUCAUCACUACUUCGAUGGACAAGUGACAGAGUCAGCUCCCUCCUACGGUCGAGACAAGAGACUGUUUUUUUUCCUGUGGUUGUUGAGGGAGUUCUGUCAGUCUGGCAGGUUCGGCACAUGCUGCACCUCGUUCUUUUAUGCUGUCUGUGCAGAAUUGUGACCUUGCAGUAGAGAGGCCUCUGGGACAGAAAACGUCAAACUACAGAAACGGGCAUUUUUUUUCUAAUGUUUUUCUGCCCUGGAUCCGUUCAGUUGUAGAACUUCUAACAUUUAAGUGACAUCUCAGUGGAGGGUAGAACACGGACACAGGAAGAAUCCAAAAACAACUGAAGACCAUGGCAACACACUGGAGAAGAAUCCUGACAGUAUUUGUGACAGCUCAAGUACUGUUAGUAGUAAAUGCCUUUGAAGAAGAGGACGUACCAGAGGAAUGGAUUCUUCUUCAUGUUGUCCAAGGUCAGAUUGGAGCAGGAAACUACAGCUAUUUGAGACUAAAUCACGAGGGAAAGAUCGUUCUUCAGAUGCGGAGUUUAAAAGGUGACGCAGACUUGUACGUGUCUGACGUGACACUGCACCCCAGCUUUGACGAGUACGAGUUACAGUCGGUGACUUGUGGCCAGGACAUCGUGCACGUGCCCGCACACUUCCGCCGCCCUGUGGGAAUCGGGAUUUACGGGCACCCCUCUCACCUGGAGAGCGAGUUUGAAAUGAAGGUGUACUACGAUCGAACAGUGGUACAGUACCCGUUUGGUGAGGCUUCUUACAACCCUGAGGAGAUGGAGGCAAACCAGAAAUACUCACAGUCUACAGAAGAUGAAUCUCAGGAUGAGGAGUCUGUUUUCUGGACUAUACUUAUUGGAAUCUUGAAAUUAAUACUUGAAAUCCUUUUUUAAAUUGAUACACACUGGACUUAAGUCACACUUCAUCCUGUGAAAUUGGUAUGAAUGACUUGCUGUUAUACUUAAUACUCGCUAUGUUUCCUGAAGAGAUAUUUAGGUUACAUUUCCAAAACCAGAAAGGAAGUGGGGAGAAAAAGCCAUAUUUAAUUUUAUAUUGAAAAUCCUCCCCAAUAUGUAAAAUGAGCAGCCAGGACAGUAUUUGCAGUGCUCUUCAGAGACCAGGGCUUAAAAAUGAAUGUAUAGUUGUGAUCUUGUUAAAUUCACUUAAAAUAGGUGCUUAGGAAAAUCAAUUCCAAUUCAGUAUUUUCUAUUGUUUUUUAUAAAGAAAAAUGAAUAAACUACUGCGCUUCAGUCCCCCUCUCAAUUUAGAGCAUAUUUAAAAAUAAAACCUGCUUCCUUUUCUGAGCAAGCAUCUCCAGUAAAA